AUGCGUGUGGGGGCGGGGCGAGUGAGCCACAGCUUCUCUCCUGUUUUCCAUGGCCAUGGGGAGGAAUCUCAACUUCCCUUUCUGCCCGCUUCCGUGGUCCUGGGCCUCUUGUCUGCAGGUGUGAGCACGUCUCCAUUGCCUGAGGCCCAGCCCCAAAGCCCCUGCUCUCUGGAGGGGGUGGAGAUCACAGGUGGCUCUUUCCGACUUCUCAAGGAGGGCCAGGCACUGGAGUAUGUGUGUCCCUCUGGCUUCUACCCCUACCCCACGCAGACUCGCUCCUGCAGAUCCUGGGGCUCCUGGAGUACCCUACAGACCCGAGACCGACAGGUUGUCAAGAAGGCAGAGUGUAAAGAAAUUCGCUGUCCAAGACCACAGGACUUUGAGAAUGGGGAGUUCUGGCCCCGGGCCCCCUACUACAAUUUGAGUGACGAGAUCUCCUUCCAUUGCUACGACGGUUACACUCUCCGGGGCUCUGCCAAUCGCACCUGCCAAGCAACUGGCCGGUGGGAUGGGCAAACAGCGAUCUGCGAUGAUGGAGCGGCGUACUGCCCCAACCCGGGCAUUCCCAUUGGCACAAGGAAGGUGGGCAGCCAGUACCGCCUUGAAGACAGCAUCACCUACCACUGCAGCCGGGGACUCACACUACGUGGUUCCCAAAAGCGAACAUGCCUGGAAGGUGGCUCUUGGAGUGGAACGGAGCCUUCUUGUCAAGACUCCUUUAUGUACGAUACCCCCGAAGAGGUGGCCGAAGCCUUCCUGUCUUCCCUGACAGAGACCAUAGAAGGAGCUGAUGCCGAGGAUGGACACAGCCCAGGAGAACAACAGAAGCGGAAGAUUGUCCUGGACCCCUCAGGUUCCAUGAACAUCUACCUUGUGCUGGAUGGAUCAGACAGCAUUGGAGCCAGCAACUUCACAGGGGCUAAGAAGUGUCUCACCAGCCUCAUUGAGAAGGUGGCGAGUUAUGGAGUGAAGCCAAAAUAUGGGUUAGUGACAUAUGCCACAGAACCCAGUAUUUUGGUCAGAGUAUCCGAUGCAAAGAGCAGCGAUGCAGCCUGGGUCACGGACAAGAUCAACCAAAUCAGUUAUGAAGACCACAAGUUGAAGACAGGGACCAACACCAAGAAGGCCCUCCAGACAGUCUACAGCAUGAUGAACUGGAUAGGGGAUAAACCCCCCGAAGGCUGGAACUACACCCGUCAUGUCAUCAUUCUCAUGACUGAUGGCUUGCACAACAUGGGUGGGGACCCAGUCUCUGUCAUUGGUGAGAUCCGGAGCUUGCUGGACAUUGGCAGAGACCGCAAAAACCCAAGAGAGGAUUACCUGGAUGUCUAUGUAUUUGGGAUUGGACCUUUGGUGGACCAAGCGAACAUUAAUGCUUUGGCUUCCAAGAAGGAUAAAGAGCAACAUGUGUUCAAAGUCAAGGACAUGGAACACCUGGAGGAUGUUUUCUACCAAAUGAUUGAUGAAAGCGAGUCUCUGGGUCUCUGUGGCAUGGUUUGGGAGCACAGAAAAGGGACUGAGGCCCACAAGCAACCAUGGCAGGCCAAGAUCUCAGUCACUCGCCCUCUGAAGGGACAUGAGACCUGCAUGGGGGCCGUGGUGUCUCCGUACUUUGUGCUGACAGCAGCACACUGUUUCACUGUGGAGGACCAGAAACACUCAAUCAAGGUCAACUUGGGAGGGAAGAAACAGGACUUAGAGAUAGAUGACGUCCUAUUUCACCCCAAAUACAACAUCAAUGGGAAAAAGGAAAAAGGAAUUCCUGAAUUUUAUGACUAUGAUGUGGCUCUGAUCAAGCUCAAGAAGAAGCUGACAUAUGACCAGACUCUCAGGCCCAUCUGUCUCCCCUGCACCGAGGGAACAACUCGAGCUCUGCGGCUUCCUCGGUCAACCACCUGCCGGCAACAGAAGGAAGAGUUGCUCCCUGAGAAGGAUGUCAAAGCUCUGUUUGUGAGUGAAGAGUUUUCUAAGGCGGAGAACAAGGUGCUGGCUAGGAAGGAAGUUUACAUCAAGAACGGGGAUAAGAGAGCCAGCUGUGAGAGAGAUGCUCUAAAGGCACCAGGCUAUGACAAAGUCAAGGACAUCUCUGAGGUGGUCACUCCCAGGUUCCUUUGCACUGGAGGAGUGAUACCCUACUCUGAUGCCAACACUUGCAAAGGUGAUUCUGGUGGCCCCCUGAUUAUUCACAAGAGGAGCCGCUUCAUUCAAGUUGGUGUGAUCAGCUGGGGUGUAGUGGAUGUCUGCAAAAACCAAAGGCGGCAACAAAUGGUACCUGCUCAUGCUCGAGACUUCUACAUCAACCUCUUUGAAGUGCUGCCCUGGCUCAAGGAGAAACUCAAAGACGAGGAUCUGGGUUUUCUAUAAGGGGAAUGAGAUCUAAUUAAAGCAACUCUAACAAUACUUGUGUUCAAGAUCCUUUUGGGGUAAGGGGAGUGGGGCAUGUGCACUGGCCAAGUUGUUACCAGAGAUCAGAUCUGACAGCCGUUUUUAAAGGCUUAACCCCAAUACCAAGUGCUGAAAAACCAGAGGUUGAGGAGAUGUGUGAGCUUCCACCUCAGUGUUUUACUGAGACCAGCAAUGGGGACACAUGAGGCACAAGGACUCCAGCUCCGCUCCCUAGAAGCCAUCCACAAGAUUUUCCUUGUAGACAUCGUCACUGUAGACAAUCUGGGUCCUCUUGUCCCGGUGGCAACCCUUAGGGCUAUUCUGGACAGCUAGGGAGGGAGGAGAGGGAUGGUCAAGGCCUGAAGGAGAGCAUCUGACAGACGGGAGGCCCAGAGCCUGGCUACCUCCCUCCCUGCCUCUGGCCCCCAGAAGCCUGGCUCCCGUGCUGCCCUCUGGCAGCCAGGCCUGGGUGCUUCCCCUUGGCCCCUCAGGCCAGUGGCCGCCAACCGUCUCUCACCAGAGCCAGGAGUGUCAGCUGUUUCUGUGGCACAUGUGAACACUGUGAUGUUUUGUUCUUUGAAAAACCUGAAAUGUUACUAUUUAUGAGAUAUGUGAAUGAUGUUAACCCAUUACUUUUAGUGAAUAUGUCAGAAUUAAAAAUGAGAAAAUCUCUGUGA